AAAACAGUUAACACUGGCGCCGCUGCGGCUUUGGUUCCCGCCCAGCCCGGGGCCUGACGCGGCGUCGCGCCCCCCGGGAACCGCGCGAGGUGCGGGCUGCGCGGCUCUGGGCUCAGUCCGCUCCUAACGCUCCGGGGCCGGCGUCGCAGGCGGGCAGAAGCGUCAGGGAAGCGCCGCUGUCAGCAUGUCGCUGCCCCCGGAGAAGGCCUCGGAGCUGAAGCAGCUCAUCCACCAGCAGCUGAGCAAGAUGGAUGUCCAUGGAAGAAUAAGAGAAAUCCUUGCUGAGACUAUACGAGAAGAGUUGGCACCAGAUCAACAACAUUUAUCAACAGAAGAUUUGAUCAAAGCCCUUAGACGUCGAGGAAUCAUUGAUGAUGUGAUGAAAGAACUUAACUUUGUUACUGAUAAUGUUGAUCAAGAACUCCCUUCUUCUCCAAAACAACCUAUUUGUUUUGAUAGACAAUCAACAUUAAAAAAAACUAAUAUUGAUCCAACACGGAGGUAUCUUUACCUUCAGGUUUUGGGUGGAAAAGCUUUCUUGGAACAUCUACAAGAACCUGAGCCUUUACCAGGACAAGUCUGCUCCACAUUCACUUUAUGUUUACACUAUCGAAACCAACGCUUUCGUUCUAAACCUGUUCCUUGUGCCUGUGAACCAGAUUUUCGUGAUGGCUUUUUACUUGAAGUACACAGAGAAAGCUUAGGUGAUGGAACUAGAAUGGCUGAUUCAACAACAAUGUUAUCAAUAAGUGAUCCUAUUCAUAUGGUGCUAAUCAAAACAGACAUAUUUGGCGAGACUACUUUAGUAGCAUCCUAUUUUCUGGAGUGGCGAUCAGUUUUGGGCUCAGAAAAUGGAGUGACUAGUCUGACGGUGGAGCUUAUGGGUGUAGGCACAGAAUCAAAAGUUUCUGUGGGAAUUUUAAAUAUAAAACUUGAAAUGUACCCACCACUCAAUCAAACGUUAUCUCAAGAAGUAGUGAACACACAGCUUGCUUUGGAACGUCAGAAAACUGCAGAGAAAGAGCGAUUAUUUCUUGUAUAUGCUAAGCAAUGGUGGAGAGAAUAUUUACAAAUUCGACCCUCACACAAUUCACGGCUGGUUAAGAUUUUUGCACAGGACGAAAAUGGGAUAAAUAGACCAGUUUGUUCCUAUGUUAAACCACUUCGAGCUGGGCGGCUUCUGGAUACUCCAAGGCAAGCAGCAAGAUUUGUUAAUGUCCUUGGUUAUGAACGAGCCCCUGUUAUUGGAGGAGGAGGUAAACAGGAACAAUGGUGCACUCUACUGGCCUUUCUCUGUAGAAACAAGGGUGACUGUGAAGAUCAUGCUAACCUUCUGUGCAGCCUUCUUCUUGGGUAUGGAUUGGAAGCCUUUGUCUGUGUUGGGACUAAGGCAAAGGGAGUCCCUCACGCAUGGGUUAUGACUUGUGGGACUGAUGGAACCAUCACUUUUUGGGAGAGUCUAACAGGACAUAGGUAUAUCCAUAAGCCAACCAAUGCUGAUGAACCUCCACUUGCUGACCAGCCCAAACCAUUGUACCCAUAUCGAACAAUUGGCUGUGUUUUCAAUCAUCAGAUGUUCCUGGGAAACUGUCAGCCCUCUGAUGCAGUAGAAAUCUGUGUGUUUGAUCUAAAUGACGAAUCCAAAUGGAAACCUAUGAGUGAAGAAGCAAUUAAAUCUGUAUGUGCUCCGGGAGCUACGACGUCCCUUCCUCCCUUUCCACCUCUGUGUGCGUCCACAAUUGAUGCAUCAGUAACAAGUAAUGAAAUAGAGAUGCAGCUGAGGCUCCUGGUUUCAGAACACAGGAAGGAUCUUGGCCUCACUACUGUUUGGGAAGACCAGCUCUCCUACCUUCUAUCACCAGCUUUGGCUUCUUAUGAAUUUGAGCGCACAACAAGCAUAUCUGCAGGCAAUGAAGAAUUUCAGGAUGCCAUAAGGAGAGCUGUACCUGAUGGCCAUACAUUUAAAGGAUUCCCAAUACACUUUGUGUAUAGAAAUGCAAGACGUGCGUUUGCCACGUGUCUUCGGUCUCCUUUCUGUGAAGAAAUAAUCUGUUGCCGUGGAGACCAGGUCCGAUUGGCAGUUCGCGUCCGAGUGUUUACUUACCCUGAAUCUGCAUGUGCUGUUUGGAUCAUGUUUGCUUGUAAAUAUCGCUCGGUAUUAUAGGACUAACACUUCUAUAAGCAUUAUACUUGUGUUUUACUAGAACUUUGCACGUUGUACAUUAUUAGCUCCAAAGAGGUUCUUUAUUUUAAAAUGACAAUCUGUCUUGGAUGUCAUGUUUCAGUUUUGUAUAUACCUGACUGAUAAUCAUGUAUGUAUUUAAAAUUUAAGGAUGAAAAACUUGUGUAAAUCUCAGUGGCAUUUAGUAUAAAUUAAGUGUAUAUUCUGUUUUAAUAAAUGCUACUUUGUUUACAGGUA